GUUAGCUGGCUGGUGAAUCCCCACAGACUCAGACUUAGCACUUUCCUACUAAAACUACAUUUCCCGAUUCACCUUCGUAGGAAUGAGUCUUGGUGUUUAGUGGAGUGACACGGACGACAUUUACAGUCACACAGGAGCGGAUGCUCUGAUGCGCGUAAGCUGUUGACCGGAUGACUCAAUGAACUGGAUUCAGCAACACACUUGACAACGCUGUUAAACUAAGAGUUCUAAGUUGCUGCUGCCAUGGCGGACGGUGUGGACCUCAGCCGGAAGUUUGUUUCAGAGUCUGAGUUGGAAGAGAAGAGGAAGAAACGUCAGGAGGAAUGGGAAAAGGUUCGCAUGCCAGAUGAUCCUGAAGAGGUCCCAGAGGAAGAGUAUGAUCCCCGCUCGCUGUUCGAGAGACUGCAGGAGCAGAAGGAUAAGAAGCAGGAGGAGUAUGAGGAGCAAUUUAAAUUUAAGAACAUGGUGAAAGGCCUGGAUGAGGAUGAGACUAACUUUCUGGAUGAAGUUUCACGGCAGCAAUCUCUUGUUGAGAAACAAAGGAGAGAUGAGGACCACCAAGAGAUCCAGGAAUAUAGGAGUGCUCUGAAGAAGCUGGCAGCCAGUGAGAGCCAGAAGAAGGAACCGGAGAAAAGGGCAGGACCCAAACCCCCUGAACACAAGACAAGCCACUUGUCUCAGGCGCACCUACUUGCCGGGGCAGUUAAACGGCGCAGUUCCUCUCAGUCCUCGGAGAGCAGUAAGAAGCAGAAGGUGGAGGAGACGGCGGUGGCAGCAGCAGCAGGGAUCGGCAGUCAGACAGAACAGGAGACGGCUGAGCAGAAUCAGGUACCCAGGGCAGGGGUGGCUCGGGGAGGCAUGCUGCACCUGCCUUCCGCAGCAGUGUGUGUGGGCAUCCUGCCAGGACUUGGAGCCUACUCGGGCAGCAGCGACUCAGAGUCCAGCAGCGACAGCGAAGUUUAAACCUCUGGCACCUCCUAAACCUGACGACGCCUCCACCCAGCCCCCGCGGCUUCUGCAGUGCUGUUGGCCAAGGGGACAGUGACUGACGUCUGUGGAUCGAGGAGAAGACUGCUAAAUGUCACAUCUAUAACGUAUCUCUAAUACCAUCAGAUGAGAAAGGAGACUGUUCUGGGCAGUGCUGGUCGGAAGAUGUGGGAAAAUACGCCUUGAUUGACUUCUUGAAGGCUUUUUCUUUUUUUUUUAAAUGCUGCAAUGCAAAAAAUGCUGGAAUUUUUAUGAACUGUUCCCUAUAAGGAUAUGAGACUGUGAUAACUGGAUAGGACAUUACAGCCAAAGGGAAAAUAAAAUAAAAGCUGAUUUGUCAUGUGA